AUGGCGUUUGGCGGUUGGCGAUCACCAGAGCAGCGGGGAGAGGAAAGGGGGCAGCGGAAGGAGGAGGGGGAAGCGCGUGUUAGGGGCAGUGAGUGUUUGUCGCAGGACAUCUCGGGGGCGGACACGAGAGCGCGCCGUAAAGGAAUAAAAGAGGACCCGUGCGCAAGAGCAGGGUUGGAAGGGAAGGAGAAGACGAGAAGGAGUGAGGAGGAGCUGUGUGAAGCGAAGGAACAUGAGUAUAGUGAAGGGGAGGAAUAUGGGUAUAACCUGGAGUGGCGCCGAUGCGGGAAGCAGGAGCGGCGUGAGAAGACGAAUCGCUCAUCAGAGCAGCAGCGGGGGCGGGCGGAGGUGCAACAGGAAGUGCGCGGGGACGAGUUCACACCUGAUCCACGUCGGCAGCGCGGAGGAGGGCGAAACCGAGAGUCGCGCUCGCCUUAUCCUCGUCGGCAGCGCGGAGCGAGGCGUGGCGAGCGGUCGCGCUCGUCAGAUCUGCAUCGGCCACGCGGAGGAAGACGGGACGAGUGGGCAAGGGAGAAGCUCUCGCUGGACCAGCAGAGAGGGCAAGCCGACGGGACUGGGAGUGGGCAAUGGGACGAGCAGGUGGGGGCAGGAGCGUGUGUACCAGCAGCAGCGGGAGCGGAGGAGCAGGACGAGCAGGUGGGGGCAGAAGCGUGUGUACUAGCAGCGGCAGAAGCGGAGGAGCAGGACGAGCAGGUGGGGGCAGGAGCGUGUGUACUAACAGCGGCGGAAGCGGAGGAGCAGGACGAGCAGGUGGGGGCAGGAGCGUGUGUACUCGCAGCGGCGGAAGCGGAGGAGCAGGACGAGCAGGUGGGGGCAGGAGCGUGUGUACUAGCAGCGGCGGAAGCAGAGGAGCAGGACGAGCAGGUGGGGGCAGGAGCGUGUGUACUAGCAGCGGCGGAAGCGGAAGGGAAGAACGAGAAGGUGGGGGACUGGUCGGGUGUACCAGUGGCAGCGGAAGCGGAAGGGAAGGAAGGGAAGGUGGGGGCACAGGCGGGCAUGACAGCAACAGCGGAAGCGGAAAGCAAGGCAGAGAGGCUGGGGGCACCGACGUGUGCAGCAGCAGCAGCAGAAGAGGAAGGGAAAGAAGAGAAGUUGGGGGCACAGGCGUGUGCAGCAGCAGCAGCAGAAGAGGAAGGGAAAGAAGAGAAGUUGGGGGCACAGGCGUGUGCAGCAGAAGCAGCAGAAGAGGAAGGGAAAGAAGAGAAGUUGGGGGCACAGGCGUGUGCAGCAGCAGCAGCAGAAGAGGAAGGGAAAGAAGAGAAGUUGGGGGCACAGGCGUGUGCAGCAGCAGCAGCAGAAGAGGAAGGGAAAGAAGAGAAGUUGGGGGCACAGGCGUGUGCAGCAGCAGCAGCAGCAGAAGAGGAAGGGAAAGAAGAGAAGUUGGGGUCACAGGCGUGUGCAGCAGCAGCAGCAGAAGAGGAAGGGAAAGAAGAGAAGUUGGGGGCACAGGCGUGUGCAGCAGCAGCAGCAGAAGAGGAAGGGAAAGAAUAG